UAAAUAUAUUCUUUCGAGUCAACGUUUAGAAUUAAAACGUACGACCUUCUAGCAAAUAAACUAAUAAUAUUACAGCCAACUCAGAUAAAAUGCAGAAAAAAGAAAUAAAAGAGGACGUGAUAGAACUUUACGGACAACGCGAUUGGAGAAGUAUUGUAAAUAAAUAUCACAAUCACCCAGACAGAAAUAAGCUGCUGUGGGUGUUUCCAGCAGAAGAAGAUUUUGAAUUUAUCAGACUGAAUAUGGAGAAACUCGGAAGUGGAGAGAUAUUAAGUAUUGGUUGUGGCAGCGGUUUGUUGGAAUGGAUGAUACACGAAGCUACUGAUAUACCAGUUUCAGGAAUCGAAGUUGACGGUUCAUGGUGGGCUUGCAAGUAUGCCCCGCCCACAUUCAUAGAACUUAUCAUAGCGUCGCCUGCGUUAGAUUAUAACACAAUCAGCCUGCUCAAGAAACCAACAACUACAAUAUUAUUUUGCUAUUUUAACAAUGGACCUGCAUUUAGACAGUACAUGGAAAAUUUUAAUGGAAAUGUUGUAAUAAUUAUAGGACCUCAUAGUAAAAAUGUGUAUACCUGUCCGGAACCUUUUGAAGAUAUCGGUAAAGAAUGGGACUUACACACUUCAAAAGAAAUCAGGGAUAGUAAAGAUUUUAUCGCUAUACAUGUCAGAUGUUUGGAUAGUAAAUAACGGUAGAAUCAAAUAGGAAAGUUUAAAUGAAACUUUAUAACUCAACAAAA